ACAUAAUCAGUAUUUGAAAAUGACCCUCCGCACAAUGAGCAGCUCCAUCAUUGGAAUCGCAGUGCUCGGCUGCCUCUGGCUUCGCGUCCAAGGAUUUCAAUUGCUCCUGGAAGAGGAUUGCGGUGUCGCCCAUAGGAUAAGCCAACGAAGUGUAGAUGCAAAGCUGAUGCAGCAUCCGUGGAUGGCCUACUUGGAAACUCCCAAGGGAUACCACUGCGCUGGCACUUUAGUUAAUCACUGGUUCGUCCUAACGGCAGCUCACUGUGUUCCGGACGACUUGCAAAUAACCGUUCGCCUGGGAGAGUACAAUACGGGAACCAAGCUGGACUGCGUCAACCACAGGUGCCAGGAAGCCCACCAGGAGUACGAUGUGGACAUGGGCUUCAGGCAUAAGUCUUACAAUGCGGAUAACCAAACCAACGACAUCGGCAUGCUGCGACUGGGCAGAAGGGUGGAGUACUCACUUCAAAUACGUCCCAUUUGCAUUUUCGCAAGCAACCGAUGGGAGGAACUGAUUGAGAAGUUCACCUGGUUUACUGCCACCAUUUGGCGAGAGACCGCCCCAAACGCAACGAGCAAAGUUCUCCAGACCAUCGACAUCGAACGCCACCACCCCCAAAAACCGAGCAACACAGAUAUAUGCUUAGAGAUCUAUGGCAGAAACACGACGUACGGCCAGAUGUGCGCCGGCAGCAAGAUGAGCCACCUGUGCAGCAGCGACUCCGGGGCACCGCAGACCCGGAUAAUGUGGCACAAUAACUCAGACCGCAUGGUGCAGCUGGGCAUCGCCAGCUGGGCGAAGGGCAAGUGUGAAGACUCCGGCAUACUCACGGAUCUCUCAAGCUAUGCUAGCUGGAUCAAACGGGUGGUUCGGCAACAUGGACCCUCAGCAGAUAUGGACCCUCAUAUGACAGAAGGGUACGAUGAAACUGCAGAGUUUUAUAACCCGGUAUAAUGUCAUAUCAAUUGUAAGGCUGUUUAUUGGUAGCUCUAUUUUAUUCAGACAGUGGAAAUGUAAUGAUGAUGGUGUUCUAAUAUGACUGAUUACAAUUUAUU